GCCGCGAUGGACAGCCCGAGCGGGGACCGCCCGCCCGCCGCCGCCCCGUCGCGGGCGAAGCUGCCGCUCAGCAUCGUCUUCUCGACGGCGCUGUUCUGCGGGGAGGGGGCGGCGGCCACCGUGCUCUGCCUCUCCUACAGCCACUCCGACGACCGCUUCUGGCUGGCGCUCACCAUCUUCUUCAUGCUCUGCCCCUCCGUCCUGGUGCAGCUCACCCUCACCUUCGUGCACCGCGAUCUCAGCCGCGACCGGCCCCUCGUUCUGCUCAUGCACCUGCUCCAGCUUGGCCCCGUUAUCAGGUGCAUGGAGGCCCUGCUGGUGUACUGCAAAUCAGGGAAGAAGGAGGAACCCUAUGUCACCAUCACCCGCAAGCGCUGGCUGCGGAAAGGCUACGAGGUGGAGAUGGAGCAGGAGGUGGGACACUCGGAGCGCCGGCUGGCCACGCACCGCAACGCUUUCAAACGCAUGGCUGUCAUCCAGGCCUUCCUGGGCUCCACCCCGCAGCUCACCGUCCAGCUCUACAUCAGUGUCUUGGAGAAGUACGUCCCUGUUGCCCGAGCCGUCCUCAUGGCCAUCUGCCUGGUGUCGGUCACCUACGGAGCGCUCGUCUGCAACAUCCUGGCCAUCCAGGUCAAGUACGAUGACUACAAGGUCCAGCUGCGGCCACUGGCCUUCCUCUGCAUCGUGCUGUGGCGCAGCCUGGAGAUCUCCACCCGCGUGGCCGUCCUUGUGCUUUUCAGCACCGUCUUCAAGCACUGGAUCAUCCCCAUUGCCCUGGCCAACCUGCUGGUGGUCUUCUUCUUGCCCUGGGUGCAGUUCUGGCGCAGUGGCACCCGCCUGCCUGACAACAUCGAGAAGAACUUCAGCCAUGUAGGCACAGUGGUGGUGCUUUGCGCCUUCACCCUCCUCUAUGCCAGCAUCAACAUGUUCUGCUGGUCGGCCGUGCAGCUCAAACUGGCUGACCGGGACCUCAUCGACAAGUCGCAGAACUGGGGCCGCCUGGCUGUGUACUACGUGGCCCGGCUGGCCGAGAACACGGCCCUCGUCAUCCUCUGGUACUUCUUCAAAACAGACGUCUAUGAGAACGUCUGCACCCCACUGCUGGUAGUGCAGCUGCUCCUUGGCUACUGCCUGGGCAUCUACUUCAUGCUCCUCUUCUUCCAGUACCUGCACCCCUGCCGCCAGCUCUUCCGGCACAACGUCGCCGACUUCCUGCACUGUGUCUGCUGCCACCGGCACCCACCAGGGACCCCACUGUGCCUCGAGGCACCCUUUGAGCCUGGUGUGAGGCACAGCAUUGUCUGAGGCACAGCUAGCACCCAUCUCUUUCAGCUGACUGCAGGCAUGGGGAUGGACAGCACUGGGCUGCACCAGCAGUCAGAGGAUGCUCGCAGCAUGAGCCAGGCACUGCCUGGUCCUGCAGUGGCAGCCAGUCCCAGUGUGUCUUCACAGUGACAGGGGGACAGGAAUGUGCUCACCUGCCCAGGACCAUGCAUAUGAACGUGAAGGAGGGUUGAUUUGGAUUUGAUACAAGAAAGGAGUUUCUUACAAUGGGAGUGGUGAGGCACUGGCACAGGUUGCCCAGAGAGAUGGUGGACAUCUCAUUCCUGAACAUAUUCAAGACCAAGUUGGAUGGGGCUAUGAGCAACCUGGUCUAGGUGAAGAUAUCCCUGCCGAUGGCAGGGGAAUUGGACUAGGUGGCCUUUAGAGGUCCCUUCCAAUCCAAACUAUUCUGUGAUUCUACGAUUCAAGGACUUGUGGGGUGCCCAAACCACCUGCAAGCUGGUUGCUGUGCAGUGCACAGCCCAUGGGGUGCCCCUACACCCCCACCUGCUGCUAGGAUGCAUACUGUGACCUUGGGCCAUGGGUGCCAUUGGGACUGUUUUAAGCAGUAAAGAAACUUUGCUGUGGCUG